UUAAUUCCGUCAAACUAUUAUUGUGAAGAACCGAACCCCCAUCAGUAAGCCAGAAAUUUGAGUUCUUACCACUUCCGCAAGCAACUUUUCGCCACGUAAAAGUGAGACAUUCCCAACCGUUGGCUCUCAACAAGCCUUGGCUUAAAACUGUUUUGCUAGAGUUUCUUGUUAACAAAGCACAGCACCUCUCUGAAGCUUCACAAAACCCUAAAUCUGUGGAGACUCUGAAACUUCUCAUAAACUCUAUAUAUUUCUGGGAAAUUGUCUUGUCCUGGCCUCAUGGUGCUGAAUUGCAGGGAUUCAUGUUGAAUAUGGCACUUGAAGCAUCAUUACCUUGUGCAUUUUGAGGUACUUCCUAGAGGUUUGUCCUGAGAUGACUACCCUAUCUCUAAUAGCUGGUAAUUGCGGAAGUAGAAGAGGAGGUGAAGACCAGGGUUUUGUAUUUCAGUUCCGAUCAUAUAUUAGCAAUGAGUUAUUUGGAAGUGGUUCAAUCAAAAGUUUGUUGAGAAGUGUAAAUGGUGUAUGGUCGAAGGAAUUGGAGGGCUCCUAUGUCAGAAGUGGGCGCAAGUUUCGUGUUGUUGCAAAAAUUAGAAAGGGGAAUAAGCAUGAUUACCCGUGGCCUGAUGAUAUGGAUCCAAAUAGUAGCACUAAUCCAUUGACUUACCUCUCCUACUUCAAGCCUUUGGACCAGAAACCCAAGCCAGUGACCCUUGCUUUUGAGAAGCCACUGGUUGAUUUGGAGAAAAAGAUUAUUGAGGUACGCAAAAUAGCUGAUGAUACAGGUUUGGACUUCAGUGAUCAAAUUAAUGCUUUGGAAAGCAAGUAUCAACAGGCUCUUAAGGAUUUAUACACACAUUUGACACCCAUUCAACGCCUGAAUAUUGCUCGGCAUCCAAAUAGACCAACUGUUCUUGAUCAUAUCUUUAAUAUAACAGAUAAGUGGGUGGAACUCCAUGGAGACCGUGCAGGCUAUGAUGAUCCAGCCAUUGUGACUGGUAUUGGGAGCGUAGAUGGUAAAAGCUACCUGUUCAUAGGCCAUCAGAAAGGUAGGAAUACAAAGGAAAACAUUGCGCGCAACUUUGCAAUGCCAACUCCCCAUGGCUACAGAAAGGCUCUGCGUAUGAUGAAAUAUGCUGAUCAUCAUGGUUUACCCAUUGUUACGUUUAUUGACACUCCAGGGGCUUUUGCUGAUUUGAAAUCUGAGGAACUGGGUCAGGGAGAAGCUAUAGCCCAUAAUUUGAGGACUAUGUUUGGCCUGAAAGUUCCAAUAAUAACAGUUGUCACUGGUGAAGGUGGUUCAGGUGGUGCUCUUGCCAUUGGUUGUGCCAAUAAGUUGUUUAUGCUGGAAAAUUCUGCAUUCUACGUUGCUAGUCCUGAAGCAUGUGCUGCAAUAUUGUGGAAAUCUUCCCAAGCAGCUCCUAAGGCAGCUGAAAAACUGAGGAUAACAGCGCAAGAACAUUACAGGCUCAGAAUUGCGGAUGGUAUCAUUGCUGAACCUCUUGGUGGUGCACAUGCUGAUCCUGUGUGGACAUCUCAACAGAUUAAGCUUGCCAUCACCCAGGCCAUGGAGGAGUUGUCAAGGAUGAAUACUAAAGAGUUGCUUCACCACCGUAUGCUCAAAUUCCGUUCAAUGGGAAUUGGAGGUUUUCAAGAAGGUACUCAGGUGGACCCUGAAAGGAAACGCAACAUGAAAUCAUCUGAUGGUAAUGCACCAAAGGCAGCCGAUAUAGAAACUGAGCUUGACAAUCUCAGGAAGAUGAUUCGAGAAACAAAGGGACCGUCUGAUCCAAUUACUAAGGAAGCAAUUGAGAAGCUCAAAGAAGAUUUAGACCAGGAAAUGACCAAGGCAUUCAUUUCAAUGGGUUUGCAAAAUAAGAUUGAAUUACUAAAGCUGGAGUUAUCUAGAGCAUCCAAUCACUCCCAAAAUCAACCUCUUAACCAAGGUUUAAAGGAGAAAGCAGACAAAAUAAUGGAAGAAUUUAAGCAGAAGUUGUUACGACCUGGAGCAUAUCUUGGGUUGAAGCAAAAGCUCCAAAAACUAAGCAUGGUUAGCAGACUGAUUGAACUGACAGAUAAAAGCGAGAAACUGAAAAUAGAGAUCAAUCAGAAAGUUCCGGCAGACAUAAAGGCAAAGAAAGAACUUUUGAGGAAUGCUCGGGAAAAGUUAAUGAAAGGGGAUACAUGGGACAUGAAUUUAUCAGAGGAAGUGGACAUAGCUAAGAAAGAACUGGAGAAGGUUUUGAAAUCAGCUAACUUGGAAAUUUUGGGGGUGGUUAAGAGAAAGGAUGGAACUCCAUCUCCUGAUUUUAGAGAGAAGAUAGUGAAGAUGAGGAAAGAGAUGGUGAAGGAAAUUGAAAAGGUUGUAAAUGAGGCUGGUCUCAGCAGGAAAAUUGAAGAGUUAAAGGCAGAGGUAGCAAAAGGCUCGAGUUCAGACCAAGUUAAAAAGUUGGAAGCAGAGAUCAAAGAGGUGAUUGUUGCUGGUAUGAACACCACACCAUUAAAGGAAAAAGUAGAGAAAUUAAGAGCGGACUUGGCAUCCUCCACAGCUGUUGCUGACAACAGCAGAUUGUGAUACCAAUACUUGCUUUCCGCAGAGUGAGGGAUUAUACAUCGAUAUAAUGAUAUAUGUUGUUCGAUACAGCUUGCACAUUUUCUGUACUUGAGAUAGUGAUACCUUGUUUGUAUUCUUGCCAAGGUGGGAAUAUAUCCACUUUUUCAUUGUGUUUUGACGUAUGAAUAUUUAUAUAUGGGUUAGUUUGUUGGCAUUGGCUUUGGCAUUUAAUUCAUGAUCAGAUAAGCUUCCUAUGUAAUGAUUUGCUGAUGAAAGAGAGAAACAUAGGAUGAUAUAUUGUAGCUUGCAUGGUUGAGAUUUGAUGGUACACAGAUGAAUGGUGGGGACUAAAUUGCCUUACUAUCAGAAAAUGUCUCCCCUCAGGAACUUAAACCUUUCUGCCUACUGGAGGAACUGGAACCACAGAAAAAAUCUUGAGAGAUAAAUCCAUGUACUUUACGUAGUUCGGACUCCCUAUUGUAUGAGAUGCAUU